AUGCAGGGAUACGGAGCAUUCGGUCUUCAGUUCCAGGCUUCACAUCCGUACUUUGGAAUAGCACCACCCAAUCACCCGUUACACUUUGCAGCGCCGUUUCUCUUUGGACAGUACCCAGACUUGAUCUUCGAUUCUCGCUACGGGGCUCACAGGAAGCAGCGACGAAGUCGGACUGCUUUUACCAACCAACAACUGGCGGCUUUAGAGAAAACAUUCUCCAAAACCCACUACCCUGACGUGGUCAUGCGUGAGCGCCUGGCCAUACUUACCAAUCUUCCUGAGGCCCGAAUUCAGGUAUGGUUCAAGAACAGAAGAGCAAAGUACAGAAAGAAACAGCGGGGAACUAGGCAGAAAACUCAAGAUGGCGUUACAUCCGGUGCUUCAUCAGACGCAAAACUGGAAGCUAACGAAAGUGACGUCAAUAGCUCCUACUCUCACAGUGACGACGACAACGACGAGGAAGUGCCUGUUGUAGAUGAUGAUCUGGACGACGUAGAUGUGGCCUCCAACCAUGAACAGAUAACCGAUGACUCUAGGUCAAACCAUCAGCCUGACGGCUUGUCUCCCUUGAAUACAGGUUCAAACCCACCAAUUACCGGAGCAAGCUCAACGCACUGCCAUUUGUACCCACUCCUACCAGGUCUGCCGAAACCACCAAGCUUCAUUCAAGACACGCAGAUGCCAACUGACAAAUCCUUCAGUCCCCACAAACGAGACUCCAGCACACCAAGCCAUCAACUAACCUUUCCCAUCUCCUCCAGCUUACCGUCUCACAUGCCAGGAAUGCCGUCACCGGGUCUGGUUCAGUCGCCGUUGACAGUUUCUUCGUCCUUAUCCUCAACCCUGCAGCCAUCGCCACCAACUUCGUUUCUGACUUAUUCACUACCACCUCCACUAUCUCCUUUCGGAGCUUGGUCUACGUUUUAUUCAGCAUCACAUCUCCACGAUCUGAUCGCCAGGCAUCAUGUAAGGCCGGGAAAUCAUCUCCGAUUGCUUGGGCAGCCGGUUAGUGAAAAGGACUCACUGUUGACUUCCAGUAUAGAGAGUCUUCGGCUGCGGGCUCGUCAACAUAGCGCUUGUCUAGGACUCUUCGACUCUGUGUCGAGGACAUGA